CAUCGCCCGGGCUGGCUAUAGGCUGCGAGCUUGAGCUCUCCGAAGCGGCGGCGGCGCAGGUUUUGCCCGAUUCGUUCACAGUGCUUUCCGCAGCCUCUGUGCAGCCGCGGCAGUUGGGGGGGUUCCUUCGCCGGCAUCCCCUUCCCCCUGCGACGGGCCAGGCUGGAUCUUCCUUUCCUCCUUAGCAAAGGAGAAAGAGGGGGAGGCAGUGUCUGAAGGACUGCACGAGGGCAAGGCAUUCCCCGUACCGUUGCCAGCAUCCCAGCUCAAGCACCUGCAGCGAAAGAGGAGGACAAGGAUCCUCGUCUCUACAAAAAGCCUCCUCGAUGAAUGCCAAGCUUUCCAAGGAGUUGAGGCUCUCCCUGCCACCCUGCCUCUUGAAUAGGACAUCUGGCUCUUCAAAUGCCAGCGCCGCCUGCAUCACGCAAAUGGGGCAGCUCUUCCAGUCCUUCUCUUCCACUCUUGUUCUAAUUGUUCUGGUUGCCCUCAUCUUCUGCCUGAUUCUCCUCUCCCUCAUUACUUUCCAUAUCCACAAGAGAAAGAUGAAGAAACGGAAAAUGCAAAAGGCUGAGGAGGAGUACGAACGGGACCACUGCAGCAGCAGCAGCAGCAGCAGCAGCACCGGUGCUGAGGCAGGUGGUUCAUGUGAAAUACCUCAAGGAAGAAAAUCAUCCAGCCUGGGAAGAACUGCCCAGGAUUCUAAUAUCCAUUGUACUUCUGAUCCAGAACCUCAGAACACACAUCCUGAAAGGUCAUGUUUGGACACAGAUACUCCAGGGCUUUUGCAAACAGUGGUAUUGUCUUGAUUUUAUUCUUUUGUGGGAACCUCACCAAAAGAGACUGGUGUUUGUACAUAUUUGAGUGGUUAUUAUUAAAAUAUUGAAGAUGAAGAAAAAAUAUUAUUAUUAUUACUAUUAUUAAUAAGGAAAGAACCAACCAGCCAGCCAGAAUUCAAACGCAUGACAAAAUUGCAUUGCGUUUUUCUCACUGACUUUUUGCAAAGGGAAGGAUGCGUCUAUUUCGUUAUUUUCCUUUCAGAGGAGACAAGAAAAAGCUGCACAGUGCUACCAACUAUAAAGUCAUCUGCCCUGAAAGAAACAGUACAGGCAGUGCAAUUGUGAUGUAAAUAUAUAAAUGAUUCCGAUUAUAUAGAACAGCAUAUCUAUGUUACCCUGCCUUUCUUUACUGGAAAUUAUAUGUGAGUGUAAUGGUAUUUAAAGGACUGUUUUUAGAUCACUGGCUAAGAAUGAAAAAGGAGGGUGAGGUAACAGGGGGAGACAUGUGGCAAAAAGAGGGAGACUUCUUCUAAACAUGCAUUUGGACUUCUGUCUCAGUGGCACUGGCAAGGUGAAGGAACUGGUCUUUUGGUCAAUUUGCAGCAAAGCAAGAAUGAUCUGUCCUUUUUGUAAGGUUUGUUGUGUCAAUCACUGUUCUGUCCUCUUCCCACCCACCCACUUUCUCCUUUAUGACACCAUCACUCUCCUUCAAGGGAUUGGCUUUUUAAAAAUUAAUAUCUGCCUCUGAUUAAGUAAAUCAAAACCACCAAUCAAUGCUGAUCUCCUUUUUAGUUUUUUUUUUAAAUUUCUCUCGCUUUCUCUCUCUGCAGUAUUACAUACCCUGUGCCCUGCAAAGCUGCGAAUGCCAGACUAGUUAUGCUUCUAUAUCUCUGUCUAUUAUCUGUGGGAGGGAAUGGGGUUGUUACUCCACAGGAGUGUUUUGGGUUGUAUCUUUCUCUGUCUCUCUUUCUCUCUCUAGGCAUUUUCAAUUGUAACAACUGUUUUCUUAUAUUAAAUCUAGAAUAAGAUACCUUUUGUGGUGACCAAAA